GGAUAGACCAAGUAUGUAUAAGUAGCCGUACAGUUUCUACUAUUUCAUUCAUCUAGCAAGUGAAACUAUUAUUGAUCCAAAACCUUAUGAGAGAAAAUAAAUGAAUAUUCCAGCUGAUGAUGAAACCUUCUCUUUACCUGAUCUUGAUUCACUUGAAUCAAUCAAACACCAUCUUCUCAAUGAUUAUUCCGACUCUUCUGAAAAUAUUUCGCCAAUGUGUUCAAACAACACAUUAUUGCCUAAUAGUCCUAGCUCAAGUUCAGCUGAAUCCCACAUAAAGCCCGAGCCCGCGGAAGAAACAAACGGGCCUCUGGUGGCCCGUGAAGAAAACGGGCCACAAGAUUGGAGACGGUACAUAGGAGUGAGGCGACGGCAAUGGGGGACGUUUUCGGCGGAGAUAAGAGACCCGAAUAGGAGAGGCGCGAGGCUGUGGCUCGGAACAUAUGAGACUCCUGAGGAUGCAGCAUUGGCUUAUGACCAAGCCGCUUUCGAGAUCCGAGGUUCGAAAGCUCGGCUUAAUUUUCCUCACUUAAUCGGCUCAGAUAUGCCUAAGCCGGCUAGAGUGACAGCGAAGCGUCGUAUGCGUUCGCCCCAGCAGUCAUCUUCUUCAUCCUCGUCGGGGGAAGAUAGGACAAGGAAAAGAAGGAAAAUAGAUGUAAUAAACUCUAUAGCUAAGUCCAAAUUGAUUUGUGGUUGGAACAUACAAAUGUUAGUACAAUUGUGAGAAAUUUAAGAGCAGGUUUAAUUUCUUCGUGUUUAACAAUUACAGUAGUCUCAUCAGGGUUCUUCGUAUAUGUAGUUAUGUACUUUCUCUUAAUCUCGUGACAUUUUUCUUUUUAAUGUUAGUUGACGCCAUGUCGUCGUUCUUAAACUCAUGUGUUGUUUUAAAUCUUUAUUAAGCGGUUAUUAUG